AUGGGUACAAGGCUUUUCGAUAAUCCUAUCGCAAAGGGAACCAUCAAGCAUAUACGAGAAAGAGUGGACACGGAGAAGCUAUUUGACGAGAAGGUCGAAAGCAUCAUGAACUGCAGAUCGGAUGAGGAGCUACUCCGAUGGGCCAAAACUGAAGUAUUUUCUGGCCCUCCACAGUCUUUCAAUAUUUUACCCGAGGCCGUCGAAUCAUCUCAGCCUAAAACUAUCCAUCCUGAAAUAUACGGGCGAUUAAUUGCCCACCUCAUGCGCGAAUUCCGUGAAACCUAUAAUAAUCCUCAUCUAUCAAUCGCUAUCUUUGACCAUGCCCGGCAGCGCUCGCUUAUUUCGUUUGUAACAGGGUGUACAGUCCUCAGUUACACUGAGCUUAUGCGUACUCACUGGAGCUCGUUCCAUGAUCUACAGGCAGUGUUAAACAUAGCCGAAGAGAUGCGCGUUAACGGGGUCCAGCCGGAUGACCGAACGAAACAACUGUAUCUGAAGAUCUACGAGGAAGCCACUCAUCAGUCUGUCUGGUUCGAAGGAGGGGAGGAAGAAGUAAUGAAAAUAAUCCAACGGCUAGGAAGUCUCAUGCAAAAUAAGGCUGGUCAUACCAAGCCAACUAUACAAAAACGAAUUAGCACACGUUGA